AUGAGUGGCACAGGACUCGGAUGGCCCGCUUUGGUGCCACCAUACCGCAACCGCCUUGAAGAGUGGUUUAGCACGCCUGAGAAAUUGCAUGCCUCAUUCGACACGAGGGAAGAGCUUGUAUCAUUGCUUAGGGCUUGCGAUAACACACUUCUUGAAAGUAGCCUGCAGUUGAUUGCGGAUGCACUUCUUGAAUGGCAUGCAGACAAUGCUCGCACAGUUGCGAGUGGGCGCAGGGAAUCAAGGAGGCGCUUGACAGAGUGCUUGCCCAGUGUCCCGGGAACUGGCCUUAGCUUGCAUGAGCAUUACAAUCAGAUUGCACUUCAGAGUCCACUUGCGUUGCUUCCGGUUCUUCGCAAGCGGAAGUUAGCUACUGAUAGGGUCGUAGAUCGCGGUGCCAGGGCCACUGAGGAGAUACGGCUUCGGCAGGAGUAUGCAUUGCGUCUUGCAGCCAUCAUGCAGGAGGCGCAACUGCCGGUGUGCAAGGUGCUUGCAGGGGUCAGCAAUGCCGAGGAAGCCUGGCCACGGCUGUUCGGGACCCGUCGAUCCAAGACAUUGAGAAAUCGCUUUAGAGCUUGGGACAAGUUUCGGGAAUGGUUGCUUUAUAGCCGUGGCAGGAGCUAUCCGGAAGGGGUAGCUGAUGUGCUAGAUUAUACCAAUGAACGAUUCCAGGAAGGAUGUGGAAAGACAGUUCUCGAAAGCCUGCAAGCCUCUCUCAGUGUAAUUGAAGGUGUAGGGCGCGUGCCGUCUACGCAGCAGAUAUCUCAGGAUCCCACAUGGCAGGCGCAGCUCAAAAGUUACACGGCCGAUUUGGUUUCGGCGGCACCGCCGGAGCAGCCAGCCAGCAUGCUCACUGUUGCUAUCGUUCUUGCAUGUGAGAUCUUCGUUUGCACGCCCGGGGAGCCUAGUUACUUGAGAGCAUUGGGCUUUGUCUGCUUAUUGAUGGUUUGGGGAUCGCUUCGGGCUGAUGAUGUUCAGGGGCUCUUGCCGCAGACCAUGCUUCUGGACGAGCGAGGGCUUAGCAUUGAUCUCGCGCGGUCCAAGACUACAGGGCCCGACAAAAGGACCCACACCGUCAAGGUCUUCGUGGAACGGAGUAUCUCUCUGACAGGGCAUGAUUGGCUGAAGGUCGGAUAUGCACUUUGGAAGGAUUUCGAUUUUGAGAGGGAUUAUCUGGUUUUGAAGGCCAAUGAAGGUUUCACGGAACCCCUGGAGAAGUCGGUGCCUUCCUCCACGGUGGCCCUUUACUUCCGCAAAGUUCUCAGUGAGUUGAAAACGCCCAAGCGUGAGGGGCGCACAUGGAAGGCCAAUGAUCAGCGUCCGCUGCUCCCGGGAUACACUUCCAGUCAUUUUACGGGACAUUCUGCGAGGAACUUCCUUAGCUCGGUCGGAGCGGCCAUCGAUGUCGACCCCAGGGAGCUUGAUUAUCUGGGUCGCUGGAAGGUAGGUGGCGAAGGUUCUGCAACCUACAUUCGCACUUCUAGGCAGGUUGUGCAUCGUCUCCAGAGUCACAUUGCUUGUUCCCUUGUCACCGGACAGCCAAAGCACUACAUCGAGGUGGAUUCCAUCAAGGCUUUGACGGAUUAUGCAGCUAAGGCGGGGGAGAGCGAAUCUCAGGUUCGUCGCCGUCACACCCUCCUCGAGGGAUCCAAAGGCUUGGGCGGGUCGUGGCCAACUCUGGCAUUGGAAGUGGGUGUUGCGGCACCACCUUCUCCAGUCGAGCAGGUUUCGAUGCCAGGCAGCCGGGGGGAUUACUUCAUCGUUACCUCUCGCACCACAGGCCUGAGGCGUCUGCACAUGUUGGGCUGCUAUGUCAAGCCUGAGAAUUGUUAUGAUGUGAAAUUUGUCAGUCAUGUCGGCGCGGAGGACGUCGAUAACAUUUGCAAAGAUUGCAAAGCAAGAAUGAAGGCUCAGGCCGGAGAGGAGGAAUCAGACCCCUCCAGCAGUGACAGUGGGAGGAAGUCUCACUCGGCGCAGGCCGUGAGGUGCCGGCGGAUUCCGCAUCCUGUCACAGGCCUCAGGGCGACGGGUGGACACAUCGCAGUGCAGCUAAAGGCCUCAGGGCGGCUAGCAAUCCAAGUCCUACAGGGCCACAGGCGAUUCCAGGCAAUCGCCGAUUCCCGGCCGGAAGCUCGGGCUGCUGGGAAGGCGGACUUUGGUCUUGAUGAUGGGGCUGCUGAUGGGCGACAACAAAUCGCGGGGGUCGUCGCUGCAUGGGAACUUGCACGCGACGUAAUCAGCAAAGAGACGGAAACACGAGCAGAGGCGAAAGUGUUAGGCCAGCCGCGAAUCUUGCAAGUCACAGAGAGGCAAGCAAUGCUCAAGGCGGUAGCGGCCGUUCACGGGCAGCUGGGAGAGUCGGAGACUCCAUCGUCUGAGUACCUCGCUCUCAAGUGCGAGGAGUGCGAAGCCAAUGAGCCUCAGGCUUCAACCUUGGAUGCCAUAACUUCGAAGAAGAACACGCUCACCACGAGCAUCCAGUCCAGCCUUGACGCUUCGGGGCGAAUUCAUAUUACUCAGCACAAAUCCAAGAGCGAGCUCCCGACUACUACAGAAGCUUAUCGCAAGGUCCUUCGCGUGGAAGCUUUCACGUGGCUAUGCAUGGCAUCCCGCUUUAAAUCCAAGCAAUGGCUUCAGGAUCUUAAGCUGUCUGACUUCGACCACUUCGUGAACUACAUCCUUGGCGAAAAGGUCGCUCAGCUCUCAGUGCCUACGUCUCAUCAGCCAGCCGAUGAGACCUACUUCACGACGCCGCUCGCCUUGUCCAUCAUUGAGCGACCACGCAAGUGGCACAAAGGCAAGGGCAAGGGUGAUGUGGGCUCUUACCUUCAGUCACUGGGCAAUGUCACUAAUCUUCUUCAGUUCGAUCUUCAGCGCUCCACGGAGCAUGACUUGACUAAGGAAGGCUUGUGGCAGCACAUCUUUCAAUUGCUUGGCGAAGGGGAUUGGAUCCUCAUUGUGGAGCAGGCUAAUUAUUUUCUUGAUCAGACCGUGACGGCAUGUCAACUUGCAUGGCAGUAUGUUCUGGAGCACCCGGAGGAUCUCGGCGCAACGCCGGAUCACGAGUUACCGGCUUCCAUCUGGCAGCUACCAGCUCUGCGUGAGCUCCAGGUUUCCACUCAGGCCAUCACUUUUGCUUUCUUUCAAUGCAGCUUUGAGGCUCCCACUUCCAAACCCACACGCCUUCUCACUAAUCUACGGGCCUUUGUCGAGCAGCCUCCGCCUUUUGCUUCCUGGCCACGCUUCGACUCCAGUGAUCGCUACGUGGGGCCGUUGCCGCCACGCUGCCCGCACGGGAAACAUGACAAAGUACUUGCAGGCCGGGAAGGCUCCCGCUGGGCGACCGAGUCAUCAGCAGCCUAUCCUCCUCUGUUGUGUGAGUGGCUUGCGCAUGCUGUGCUUGCUUCCGCUUCGCAGGGGGGACUUGGGUCAGCGCCGCACAGCUCCGUUCCAGGUGAGGCAGGUCCAAUGCAGGAAUCCCACGAGGCGACGCAGGAGGUGCAUCAGGAUUUAUGUGAAGUGCCGCAGGGGCUGCACCAGGUGGUUUCCGAUAGGGUAGAGGCGGUUACUGAUAGGGUAGAGGCGGUUGGCUUGAUCGAGUCGGAAGCACCUCCUUCCACUUUGUUGCCGUCGCCAGACUCUUCGGGGUCCGCGUGCAAAGGCUUCCCGGCUUCCACAGAAGCUUUGGCAUCCUUCGUGCGUAGCAACAUGCCCGGGCACCCCUUUACCACGAUUAGCCUUUACCUUAACACUGGCACCAAGCCCCACAAAGACUCCAGGAACGCACCUUUGCCCAAUGGGAUAAUAGGGGUUACUGACUUCGUAGGAGGAGAGAUCUGGGUCGAGGCCCAGGAUGGGGAGUCUGUUCAGAUUGUUGACGGUAAGCGCUUAAGUGGUCACCUUCUUCCGAUCAGUGAGACACCCACCUACAUACAUGCCUACCGCGAUCUUCACCUCACAAUGCCCUGGAAAGGUAAGAGAUUAGUCAUCAUAGCUUUCAGUGUAUCGGAGCAUACUCAGGCAUGCGAUGAGGAUCUCGCGUUUCUUCGCGGGCAUGGUUUCGUCCUUCCGGGCGAAGAGCACAGUGUUGAUCUUGAGGCGGUCCAGUCAGAUGAUUCGGAGGUGCUGGAGGGGGGUGAGGUCGAAAGGCCGGAGCCCUUCAAGCAUCAGGAGUGCCACAACAUCGGGCUGCCUUUGAACCUCGAGUGGGAUGGCAAAACUCAGCCGAUCACGGAUGGCUUUGGACUCUGCUCACCCACUAGAUGGCCUCCGGAAGCCAGGGGGGGCCUGCUGCCCAAGCAGGCUUUGGAGUUCGCCACUGCCAUGCAUCAAGUGCUUCGAGACUUUGUAGCGGACGUUGUGCCUGAUAUCAAGCGCACGGCGAUGGAGCUUGCGCUAGGCCGCCUUAAGGAAUCGCCUUUCACUCCCGAGAUGUUAGGGGUCCUUAGGAAGGAUUGGUUUAGUUGCAUAGAGGUUGCUUCGGGAGGCAAGUGUACGGAUCUUGAUGUGGUGCCGAGUGGCCAGCCAUUCUUCUUGCAUGCUGUGUCUGCGACGGCUCGGCUGUUGCAGGACCCAGAUUGGAAAGCCGUUUCUUGCCAGGAGGACUCCUAUGUCAGCGGGGUCGCGAUCGGUUAUGACUGCCCCGUCGCCGCAGCAAGAUCGGUCAAAAGAGAAGGCGUGGCCUUCCGCACUGAUGCAAAGUGCGCGGACGGGCGUUUGAUGAAGGUUGAGGUUCUAGCUCAGACGGAUAAUAAGUCUAACGAGGGCUUGACUCGCAAGGGUUCUACAACGCGCUGGCCCUUGCUCAUGGUUAACAUGCAGCUCACCCAUGUUCUCAUGAAGGCCGGCUUGCGGUUGAACUUGGGAUGGCGUCCACGGGACGAAAAUCAGGAGGCCGAUGAUUUAACCAACGAAAUCUUCGACCGUUUCUCUGAGGAGUUGCGGGUCCCAGUGCAGUACUCCGAAUUGCCGCUUUCCUUUCUUCACACUCUUUACGAAGCCAGGCGUUCACAGCUGAGCAGCCGUGAAGUGGAUUCCAUCCGCGACACGGAGUCCAGCCACUUGGGCAACCAGCUGUCCACAACCAUCGCGAUGACGAGGUGCCUCAAUGAGCUCACCGCAGGCAGGUCCCAGCUUCGGUUGCCGCCGAAUGCCGCCGACUUGCGUGUUGCGGAGGAGGUCGGAUAUGCCCGCAUGCUCCCCACUGCCAGCACGCGGGUUUCCAGCAAGCGAGCUGUAACAAUUGUUGCCACACCGGCCUGGCACGACAUGUUCCACGGAGCAGAGCCGCGUUCGCGCGACCAGAACGAGAACUGGGUGCUCCGCUGCGGUGCUCCGCGCACAAGCAAGACCGUUCGCGGCCCGUGCUUGCCCUGCUUGGGCGCUGCACCCGGCCCCAGUGGACUCACAGCCGACAUCGCAAGAUUGCUCCUCGACGAUGCUGACUCUUCAGAGGCUUUCAGCGGGCUCGCGCUGCUGCUCGCAAGAGCCCGCCUCCCCACCUCCAUGGCCUUGGCCGCCUCGUUGCAUUGCGCAAGCCAGCCGGUGGAGUCCGUGGGCUGGUUGUCGGCUCUCGCCCACUCCCUUCAACUCAAGACCGAUUCGGUUCCCAGCUGCACUGUCCUUUCUGUCGACGGCAUUGGUGCAUUCGACUUCGUGAGCCGCCGAGCCAUCCUGACCGAGCUCCAGCACACACCCGAUGCCUCUGCCAUGCUUCCCUUCGUCCGCCUGUUUUACGGCGCUCCGUCUUCAUUUGUUUGGACUGACGAUGAAGGCGUCACCCACCUCGUGCCCCAGGCCGAGGGUGGCGAGCAGGGCGAUCCGCUUAUGCCAGCGCUGUUCGCCCUUGGACUUGCACCGGCGCUCCGCUCCUUCCAAGAGGACCACCUGUUCACGUCCUUGCACAUCCGGCUCCAUGCCGGCAAAACCCGUGUUUGGAAUUCUGCUGGUGUACGCCCGCCCCAUCUCCCGCCUCCUCCCGACGGGUGCACCAAGUGGGUUGGUGACCCAGCCCUUCCCCCGCAAGACCGUGGUUUGCGUGUCCUCAGCAGCCCCCUUGGAACGGACGAGUACGUCGCUGCGCAGCUCCAACACCUUUCAGUGCAGCACCGUGCUCUCCUCCAGCUGCUCCCUGGCAUCCAUGACCUGCAGGUCUCGUGGCUACUGCUGUUGUUCUGUGCGUCACCUCGCGUGCACUACUGCCUUCGCCUGCUCCCAGCUGCACUCGCGGCUGUGUUUGCCGCGGCACAUGACCACAACAUCCUGAGCUGCCUAGCCCAGCUGCUCCACGUUUCUCCCGGCGAAGCCCACGGCGCCGACCCCCUUCCCCAAUCCGCAGCCGCGCGUGCAAACUUGUGUUUGCGCCAUGGUGGCCUUGGACUACGCAGUGCCGCUGAGCACACGCCUGCGGCAUACUUUGCAUCCUGGGCUGACUCGCUCGGGGCCUGCCACGCCAUUGCUCGCUUGCUUGAUGACGCAGCGUCUGCCCCCUCACUCCCCCGCUGUUUGAGCUCCCUUGCCGGUGCGGUCCGCCUUCUCCGCGACAAUGGCUUCCACCCGCCUGGAUUCGGCGGUUUCGAGCAGCAUGCGCUGCCGAUCGGAAUCCCAGGUCCCACGAUGUUUUCGCAAUGUGAAGUGUCCGUACACGCCGGUGCGGCCAGCAGUGCACCUGCGAAGCGGUCGCUGCUUAUCGAAAUGGUGUCCGAGGCAUCCACCGCUAACGGUGCAUAUGGCGUCGUGAACUAUUCAUUGAUGGGCCCACAAGAUGGUUGUGGUAUGUUUCCAUGGCCUCAACGGAUCCCGGACACGGCUUUGUACCUGUCGCGAUAUGGUGGUUUUCGUGUCCUUACCUUCGAUUUGUACGGACACGGUUUGAGCAAUGCUCCACCGGUAGACUUGUGCCCUGGGCGAUCCUGUUCUUCCGCUUGCAGACCGGGUUGCUUCUCUUGCAGUGGCACCAGAGCCAGGUAUGAUCUCGAAUUCUUUGUUGAACAAACGGUUGAGCUGCUCGAGAACAUUGGCUUGGGAUCUGUUCGAGUGAACCUGCUGGGAUUCAGCCUAGGAGGUGCCAUAGCGAUGGCAUUUGCCAGAUGCCACCCUGCACGAGUUGCUCGCAUUGUUGCCAUUUCCCCGUCGGGGUUUAUACCGCGAGUACCGCGAUUGUACCACGUCCUGCGCGCAUGCUGGUGUUGUUUAAUUCCACUGGCACCGCAUUGCCUCUGUACCUGCUGGUACCAGAAGGAGCGCUUCGCAAGGUCUGUUCGUUCCGAAAACCAGGGCAUGGCAGAUGCAUCAGUUCACAACCUCUGGUCUCGUUUUGUUUGGCAGCUCUUCGUUAAACGAGGAGUAGCAAGUGCCACAUUGGCCACGUGUCAGCGCGUCAAUUGGUUUGAUCUCUCCGCACUUUUUCGGGAUGUUGGCAGGCAUUCCCGGCCCGUCCUGCUCGUCUGGGGUGAGCGGGACACUUUGAACCCGCCCUCAACCAUUGGCAAAAAGGUCGCUGCAUUCUUCGCAAAUGCGAAGUUAUUGGUCAUUCCUCGUGCUGGUCACAUAGCAAUAUGCGAUAAACCAGCAGAGGUUGUCCCGACGAUACUUGGGUUCCUGCAGUUGCCAGAAGACAUGCGUUUGGACAAUGUCCCGAGUUUGCGGCCAGCUGGCGCUUCCACUGCUAACGCUCGCUGGAAGCCGACGGCAGAUGAAUCGGCGAGCUUGAUGAUGGCUUCACCAGAAGCACGGGCCGAGCUCUCAGUGGCGUGCAACAGUGUGCGAACAUCUGCGUCUGCGUCAAUGCAGUUGCUCAGUGAAGGCUGUCCAUGUCAGUUGCCCAGCUUGGUAUGCGUAGUGUAG